GGCAGAGGGAGAAGCAGGCUCCACGCAGGUACCCCGACAUGGGACUCGAUCCAGGGGUCUCCAGGAUCACACCCCAGGCUGCAGGCGGCACUAAACUGCUGCGCCAACGGGGCUGCCCUGGCAAGGAAGUUUCUUAACACUAUUUUGCAUCUGUUUUUGUAUAAUUAGUAUAAUAUAGAUGUCAUGGCCCAUUGUAAAAGAAUAGUUAUGUACACUAUCAAAGUGAAUGAACAUGCUUUGGAAAUUAAAAGAUAGAAAGAAAAAAGAAAAAGAGAGAUAAAUUCCAGUUUCAAAUGACAGAAGGAAGAGGUAAUCUGGAAAGAGCAGAGCAAUGGAAGCCAAAGGAAUUUCAAGAUAAAAGAGUUUGGGUAACAGCAUCACAUGUACAGAGAUGAGGAGCAAAUCUAAGGAAUAUGACAAACCUGAAGAUAUACCUGAAGAGGUAGCUACAGCUAAACAAGGGUAAAGAGCUGUGUGUUCCCAUGGAUGAUUCAAGCCUGUCAAGCAGUGUUGACGUAGACAAAGCCUUCGCCAUUGCCUUUGUUGUUCUUCUGUUUCUCUUCCUAAUUGUGAUGAUUUUUCGGUGUGCCAAGUUGGUGAAGAAUCCUUACAAGGCCAGCUCUGCAACCACAGAACCAUCUCUGAGCUGAACUAUGAAAAAGCCUGAUACACUCCCCCUCACAGGAGGCUUGAAAUCUUCUAUACAGAUAUUUAUGACCCAGACUUUAUAUUAUUUCAUCAUUCUUUGUGUUAGCUUUCUCACUCUUGCAUUCCACAAUAGGCACAUGAGGGUGGGUUGAAAAUAAUUAAAAGGAUGAAACACAA